AUGCGCAGAGACACUGCAAACCUUAGUCACAUCGCGCAGUGGGAAAGCGCUCGUCUCGAAGCCGAAUCCAGGCUUGUCCGAAGAUCCAAACUCACAUCAGUUCAAUCAUCGACAAGCACGAAUAAUGGCAAGGUACCACCAUUACAGCCAAUGGUGUUACCUUAUCUCGACGUGCUAAAAGUAUGGCAAGGACAAUGGAAAUCAUGUAGUUCUACUACUAGUAAUGGGUUUUUCUGCAAUCACUUUAAUAUUGGAACCCUUGAAUCUCCGACCUCCACGUUAAACUUUUCCGAUAAUGUUAUCCCUAAUUGUUUUGGUGACAGCUUGUCAUUUUCAGCCGUUAGUUAUGUUGAGAAUCGAAAGCCAUUCACAAAAGAAAUAAAUGUUGCAAAUAAUCAUGGUGUCGUGCAGCUUCAUCAUGACAUUGUUGAUUACCCUAAUAUUGAUGCUUCUUAUUACUUUGAUGGUUCACUGAGGUCAGCUCCAAGUUUCAUGGAAGGGUUUGUGGACGCCGAUAUUGUUACCGGACAAAGUUCGAAUAAUGCUGUCAAUAUGGGAUCGUUUCAUGGUAAUGUUCUUGACGGCGUAUCCAGUGGCGGUGGCGGUCUUGAAGACAACAAGAGAUAUUGGAACAAUGUCCUCAAUGGAGAGAUUAAUUUUCCAGCAACUUAG